AUUUGUUAUGAGACAUAUCGUGAGGCAUGUUUCGCAAUGGGAUUGUUAGAUGAUGACAAAGAGUAUGUUGACGGAAUUUCUGAGGGGAGUUUUUGGGCUUCAGCAUGGGUGCUCAGAAAGCAUUUUGUCAUAUUAUUGAUAGCGGAUACGAUGAGUAGACCAGAGUACGUUUGGGAAAAAUGUUGGACAUUCAUGUCAGAUGACAUUUUACACAGGCAGAGAACAGCUUUACUCCAUCCCGAUUUAACGUUAACAGAGGCGGAGAUUAAAAAUUAUGCACUAAUAGAAAUAGAGCUGAUGUUGAAGAGGAAUGGCAGGAGCUUAAAGAACUAUCCAUCAAUGCCAUUCCCUGACAUAAG